AGAUCCAGAGAGAGAAUUUCCUCCCAAUUCAUUAUUCUUUCAUGGUAUCAGAGCCAAAACCCUAGAAUUUUUCUGUGACUACUGUUCACGAUCGCCCGGCAUGGCGUCCAUCGAUCGUUGCUCAGUUUUAGUCGAUUGUUGCUGUUGCCGGAUAACGGAACGGUCGACCGUUGCUCUAGAACGGUCGAGCACGUCGACCGUCCCGUCGGCAGACUGUUUGAUUGAUGCUGCUGUUGAUUCUUCCGCCACCGCUGUACGCCACUCUGCUACCGCUAUGGCCGAUGAACAACCAAGGAAGAUGUUUUUCUCCCUAUCAUCGUGUGUUUCUAGUAUGAAGCUUUCAGGUUCAUCUCUUGAUACAGGAACUACAAAUGUGGUUAGCUCUUAUGAUGAAGAUGAAGAACUGCGGACGGAAGAACAGAUGGACCGUUCCAGGAGGGACGGUCGACCAGAGGAAAGCGUCAGAGCAUAUCGGCUACAAACAGUCGACCUGAUGGACCGUUCCGAUGUCCACGGUCGACCGUCCGAGAGGCAGAAUGACGGAUUCCUGAGAGAUGAUCGAACGGUCGACCUGGUGGACCGUCCUGAUAUCCACGGCCGACCAUCCGAGAGGCAGAAUGACGGUUCUUUGGGAGAUGAUCAAACGGUCGACCGUGAUGAGGAAGACGGUCGAUCGUCUCCGAGGCAGAAAGUUAGCGAUCCGGAACAGCUUCAGACGGUCGACCCCGUGGACCGUUCCACGGACGGCGGUCGACCGUCCCCUUCCCAGCCAGCAGUGGAGAACUUGGGACGUGGUCAGCGUGAGAAACGUCCAAAUGUACGCCUAGCCGAUUAUGUUACCCAUGUGGUUUCUCAACCUGUGAGAGCCUAUAUAUACUUGUCUACUUUGUAAAUUGAAGAUGAGAGAUCCAGAGAGAGAAUUUCCUCCCAAUUUAUUAUUCUUUCAUAGAAUUUCCUCCUAAUUCAUUAUUCUUUCAGAUGAGUUACCAUAGUGACUGGCAGAAGGAUUGUUAAGUUAUAAAAUGUCAUAUUUUAAUCACUCAUUUCUUAGUACUUUUAAGAUGUAUAAUAUGAAUUUUAUACUUAAAUAAAAAUAUUUUGUUAUAUUUAGCAUUUUAGGCUAUUGUUUACAUUUUAUACAUAAAAUUCAUGAUUUUGAGCAUUUUAUAUUCUACAAAUAUAUCAGGGUAUGAUUU